UGGUCAUCACUGUGUUUACAGGAAGCUCUUCCGUUUUUUCUGACUCAAGAAACCGAAAGUUAGAAGCACUGAUGGGAGGAGUCCUCUCUGUUUCCUCUCCUCUGUGGGCUCUGAGCAGUAUGAGACACCCAACAUUGCUCAACAUUUCAGAACACAAUAUCCUGCUGUUCAUUCUCUGAGAGCUUUGCCGAUUUAUUUUCCUAAUGCAAACCAAAAAAAGCCCUGCUUCCUGCAUUACUGAAGCUCUGGAAACCUGGACCACUGCUGAAGAAGUUUCCAGGAAGGAGGAAGCAAUUAUCGCUCCAGAUAUUUGAACAUUCCAGUCAAUUAGAGGUAUAUACAAAAAAAAAAAAAAAAAAACCCAGAAUCCUAAAUAAAAAGGCUUGUAAGGCUCAUCCGUAACUUGAGAGAUGGUGAACGAAUACAAGAAAAUUGUCCUGCUGGUGGGGCUAGAGGCCAUUAAGGAUUAUGAAUUUAGAUUGAUUAAGUCCUUAUUGGCCAAAGACUUAAAACUGACUAGAAAUAUGCAAGAAGAUUAUGACAGAAUUAGGAUUGCUGACUUGAUGGAAGAGAAGUUCCACAGAGAUGCUGGGCUGGGAAAACUGAUCACACUCUGCAAAGACAUUCCGGCACUUGCAGAACUCGCGGAAAUUCUUAAAACUCGGAGGUUGAAAGUUAAAAGGAAAUCCAAAGGGGGAAGAAAAUCCACAGGGGAAAAAAAAUCUACAGGGAAAAAAGUGGAGCAGGAUGAAUCUCCUACUGCCCAGUCCAGGUCCACAACAAAUACAGAUUCGGAACCAGAGUCAGAGGAGGAGCUACCUUCGUCAAAGGAAAACGAAAUCAAGAACUCUGAAGACCCUGAGAGAACACAGCUUCCCCCAGAACAGGGUCGGUUUAUGGAACCUUCAGCCACCAGCAAAGAACAAACUGCGGUCUGUCCCCAGACUCCUCAUGGGCCUCCACCAGAACCAUCCAAUAGUCCUCCAAUCGAGCGGCCCGACAUCGAGAAGUCUGUAUCUUUGGUGAAUGAGCAAGAAAAAAUUGCUUUGAAUCUUCAGGACGGGCACGUAAGAGCACAAGAAAUGGACAACACAAACACCCAAACACAUGAUAACAUGGAGGUACAGGAAUCUCAGGGACAGCGUCAACUUCCAGAACUGUCAUCAUUUGCCACACAAACAACUGCGAGUAUGUUCCACACUUUUAAGAUGGCUCCCAGAACACCAUCCUGCAGUUUCCAGACUCUUCAGGUGACUCCAACAGAACCAUCCACCAGAAUCCAGACUCUGCAGAAUCCAGGAUUGACAAUGAUACCUACGGAAGCUUCCGAAGAACGUGGUCACCAGAAGGGCCCCAAAGAGGUAGUGGUGUUGAAAGUAACAGAACCAUUUAUUUAUGAGUUCAAAGAAGGCGGGAAGAAGAUGUUUCAUGCUACAGUGGCCACCGAGAGCGAAUUCUUCCGAGUGAAAGUUUUCGACUUCCACUUGAAAGCCAAAUUCAUCCCAAAGACAGUUAUUGCCAUAUCCGAUUAUAUUGGCAGCAACGGGUUCCUGGAGAUACACAGUGCUUCAAGUGUAUCUCACGUGAGCGCAGACAGAAAGAUGGAGAUCUCAAGUAGACUGAUUAAAAAUGCUAAUGCAACUCCUAAAAUUGAGUAUCUUUGCUCGCAAUGUACAGUGAAAUAUGUGAAUGGGGUGUACACGGUGUAUAAGAAAGACAUGAGGGAAGAUUGCACUUAUUAUGGAAUACGAGAUGACACAGGGAACAUGGAAGUGGUGGUGUAUGGAUGGAUGACCUAUGUCAACUGUGAGGAAGGAGAUAAAAUUAAUCUCUUCUGUUUUGAAUUGGCUUUCAAUGAAGAUAAGUGGCAGCUUAGAUCUGUAAGGCACAGCUAUAUCAAGGUAAUCAAGGCCAGGAGAUUCAGCAGAGGACAACUCAAUUGUAAUUCAAAUAUGAACACUUCACAAGAAUCCUCCUAAAAGCCAGGAUGCCAUGGAUAACAGUGCUCAUGGAGAUGAGAACCAAGUACAGAAAAAAAGAUACAUAUUACAAUAUCAUACAUAUGAAACCCAGCUUUUGUGCUGACGAUAAAGUUUAGUGGUACAGUGGUUUCCUAGCAAACAUGAGGCCCUGGGUUCAAUCCCCAGCACCACACAAAUAAAUGAGUAAUAAAUGAAUAAAAACAAAAAUAGCACUUAAUUUUAGGAAAUAGGAAUUGAAGAAAUUAAUUAAAAGUCUUUCUACUUUCUACUUUUUUGUGGGUUCUAAAUUCUAUAUUUUGCCAUCUAUAACUUCUAUAAUUGUAACUAUGAUUAAUAAUUUUUUUCUCAAUCAAUGCUAGGCCUUAGUCACCAUUGAAUAGGCUAUGACCUCCUCAAAAAGAGAAAAAAAGAAUGUUUGGCAAUGAAAUUCACCCUGGGCUAUAAUUGCAAACCCCUUUAUACUGGGAGGGUUUGCUUUAGCACAGAAGAGGGGAUAUCUUUGAAAAUCUGUUUCCUAGAGAGGCCACAACUGGGGACUAUGUGGAGGUGUCGUCUGUUGAUUAGCAUGAACACACUAGAAUGUUAAAAGAAUUUCUGCCCCUCCCUGAUGUACUCCCUGUAUCUGAAAUACGUAGUUCCAUUAAUCUACCCAAGUACCAAUAGGCCUCCAUGGCUAUCCCCCCACAAUUCCGCCUCCUUACAUUCCCUGUGGGUGAAUCCAUCAGGAAGCUGCCCAGGCACUUCUGCAUUUGGCAAUCACUGAAGAGAACUGAUUUUCUUUAGAGUAGAAUAGCAGGAAGCAGAUGUCUGCAAAGAAAUUUUACUCUUGUAUUUUUAUCGAUCACAUAUUGGUACCAGGUAUUUUGUAAAUUGUUUUGUGUCCUUUAAUCUUCCUAUGAGCCCUAAAAGGUGCAUGGACAGUUUUCUCCAUUUUACUCUGUGUAGUGUGUGGCAGACAAGCAACAGACGGGCACACCCACUCUCCUAAGGACACUUGAUGGGAAAGUAGAGAGCUACAGGAAGACUCCAGGGAGCAGUUCUAGUGUGGGGGAGGUGUGAUGGGGAAGAAUCGGAGCUGAGUUGGAAAUUUGGAGAGCCUGGGGACAUUUACCACAAUACGUGUCCGAGACUACGGAAGCCCUAUUUGUCUAAGGAAAAGAUGCUGUAAAGUUCUACCAUGAGGUUCUGGGGCCCAAGGCCCAAGGAAUAAUUUUGCAUUGCUUUGCCAUAGACUGCCUUUGUUUUGAUUACUUCUUUUCUUAUAGUUGACUCGGAUGCUAAUUAGACAUUUUCUUGCCUAUAACCACUCUAAUAACACACACACACACACACACACACACACACACACAAUGUUAUAUACUUAUAUAAGCUCUAUCACUGCAGAUGUGCUUACAUGGUAAUGUAUUACAUGGUAUGGGUAGGUAUUCCUCAUCGACAGUUAAAAACUGAAGGUCAAAGAGAUUUAAUGAAGUGUCAAAUCACUUACUUCGGCGCUAAUUAGGGACAGAGAUCAUCCUGGGAUGUCACCUGUUAAAACUUCGUCUAAAUUCAAACUUGACUUAUGGACAAUAAGGAAAAAGAUUGCUUCAUACCCAACUGAUGUUUGUAUUCUGAGUUGUCCUGAUACUCUGAUACUCUAUGAAAACUUUCUACAAUUUGCUAUUCUUGAGUCUGUAGACGGUGGCAAUUAAGAGUAAAGACUGAGUUACAGUACCCAGUGUCCCUGCCUUGCUUUCCGUCAUGCUGAUUCCCCUUUGAACUUGUCUCCAACAGAGAUAAUUAAAAAAAAAUCACAUUCUA